AUGAGAAACGUCGUCGUUUCUCGUGUAUAUUCGACAGCAAUGUAUAUUCGACAGCAUUGCUGUCGAAUAUACUCGAUUUUAACCCCUCCUCCGCCCGUCUUUCCCCCAUUUUCUUCUUCUUCCCCUGCGGCUAAUCUGGUUCAUUUUCUCCGGCCCUGUUCUUGCCGGUGCUGCCGGAUUUUGGCUUCUUGCCAUUGACAACCCUGCUGUGUGGCCUCUAAGCCGAUAUGAGACGAGGUACGCGAGGUGCAUCUUCUUCUAGACAGCAGGUUGAUCCAGAGGGAGAACAACAGAGGUCAUUUCGUCGUCUUAUUCAGGGGCCUCGUAGGGCUAUUCCUACACAGCAGCAGCUGCCUAGCUUGAGCCAGCCUCUCGCACAGCAACAGAUUCCCAGUUUGACUCAGCUUCCCACACAGCUGCAACAGGAGCAACCCACUGUUACUCAGCCACCAUUGGCCGAUGACCAGUUCACUGGUGAUGAUGCAACAGUGGAGGAGGAGAAUAUAGAGCGUAAUUUGGAGGUUGAGUUGGAGGCUGAGUAUGCUGUGCUUGAUCCUGAGUUAGAUGCUCAGUUAGAGGAGGAGCUAUCACAUGCUGUCCCGAAGACAGGACGUGGCAUGGAUAAAGGAGAUGACGCUCCUGCAAACCCAAGUCAAAGGAAGGUGCUUAGCCUUAAUCGCCGAGGCACAUUCAGCCAUGAGAGGUUUGGGAGGACUGCCAUAGUCAUUUGGAAGUACUUGUAUGAUGAGCCAGUGCUUUUCUGGUCUAGCUGGCCUGAGGAAAAGAAGAGGGUUGCUUGGGAGCAUUUUCAGAGGACAUAUUAUUGGGAAGAGGAUGAUGCUCGUGU